UUGAAUCUCAAGAAUUUUUCACUUUCAUCAGCACUUGAAAUAGGCUUCAGUGUUUUUCCACAAUGCAACAGUGUUUUAAACUACAAUUUUAAACAACACUACAAAGGCUUAUGUGUAAUGACUAAAUUUAGUAACAUAUGUCUCCAUAAAAUUUAGUUAACGGAUCACAAGAGAAAGUAUAAACGAUCAAUCCCAGCAAGAAUCGAUCUCGAGCCACUGGUCAUCGCAGUCAAGUCUCAAAAGGAUUGAGCUAAAGUUCAUGUGACGUCACGCGCCGCCUUUAAACUUUAAAAACCCUUUGGACUGCGUAUGUAGUGGAGUUACGUAAUCCUUGUGUGUAUAAAGAGUAGAUCGUUAGUUUGAAGUUCUCCACGACAACGAGCAGUCUCUGAAGAUCCUUUGUUCAGGAAACAGUUUCUGUCAUGGCGUUCUUCAGCUUUCUUUUCGGUUUGCUUUUAAAUGCGCUCUUGGUGCUUUUUAUUGUUCUUCUCGUCGCGUUUUUGGGCUACUGCUUGUACAUUAAAUACACUCACAUAAAGUAUGACCACAUUCCCGGACCUCCGAGGGACAGUUUCCUUUUAGGACAUUCACCAACAUUCCUGAAGAUCAUGAGAGACGGAGGAGUUGUACACGACAAAUUCUUGGAAUGGGCAGAGAUUUAUGGGCCUGUUUAUAGAGUCAAUGGUCUGCAUUUCGUUAUGGUGACUGUCACCUGUCCAGAGGCCACCAAGGAAGUUCUGAUGUCACCAAAACACCCGAAGGAUAAAUUCACCUACAAGAAGCUCUUUUGUUUGUUUGGUCAAAGGUUUUUAGGCAAUGGUCUGGUAACGGCACGAGAUCACGAAAUGUGGUACAAACAGCGCCGGAUCAUGGACCCUGCCUUCAGCAGCCUAUAUCUAAGAGGUCUAAUGGGAACGUUCAACGAGAGAGCAGAAAAACUAAUGGAAAGACUCUCGGAAAUUGCUGAUAGGAAAAUGGAAGCAAACAUGCUCAACCUAGUAAACUGUGUUACUCUUGAUGUCAUCAAUAAGGUUGCUUUUGGUGUGGAAUUGGACCUCCUGAACACAACCUCCCCCUUCCCAAAAGCCAUUGAGACUUGUCUUAAAGGGAUGAUGUACUACGUCAGAGACUCUUUCUUCGAAUUCAAACCAAAGAACAGACCCUUUGUCAAGGAAGUGAGGGAAGCCUGCCGCCUGCUGCGUUCAACAGGAGCCAAAUGGGUUAACGAAAGGAAAACUGCAAUGCAAAAUGGUGAAGAAGUCCCAAAGGACAUCCUUACACAGAUCAUUAAAACGGCUGCUGCAGAGGAAAACAUGACUGAAGAAGAUGAAGAGUUCAUGCUGGACAAUUUUGUGACUUUUUUUAUUGCGGGGCAGGAAACGACAGCGAAUCAACUGGCUUUUUGCAUCAGGGAGCUCACAAGACAUCCUGAUAUCCUGGAGAAAUUGCAGAAAGAGGUGGAAGAAGUCAUUGGGAUGAAACAGGAAAUAAGCUAUGAUGACCUUGGGAAGUUGGUCUACCUCUCACAGGUUCUAAAGGAGACUCUGAGAUUGUACUCGACAGCACCAGGAACUUCCCGAGAGCUCACAGAAGAAAUCACCGUUGAUGGGAUUCGCAUCCCUGCUGGAACCUCCGUAAUGUUCAACUCCUACGUGUGUGGAAGAAUGGAGAAAUUCUUUAGGGAUCCAUUAAAAUUUGACCCUGACAGAUUUCACCCCGAUGCUCCUAAGCCGUAUUACUGCUACUACCCCUUUGUCCUCGGCCCGCGCUCAUGUCUGGGGCAGAACUUUGCUCAGAUGGAGGCUAAAGUGGUGAUGGCCAAGCUGAUCCAGAGGUUCAGCUGGGAGCUGGUCCCGGGACAGAGCUUUGACAUUCAGGACACUGGCACUCUCAGGCCUAAAUCUGGAGUUGUGUGCUCUGUUAGACACAGGAAGGAUGAGAUUUAGGUUAUUCUAACAGUAAAAAGAAGAAAUCAUAGAAACGUGUGAUCAACUUUGUUGGUUUUUGAUUUUGUUUUUCCUCUGCUGAGAACAUUGUUUGUCUUACUUUGUUUUGUAUUGUUUUCAAAGAAUGUGCCUUUUUAAUAUACAUUUGGGUUUAUUUUAGUAAAUAAUAGGAGGUUAAUGUAAUUACGGUUCAGUGACAACGCAUCUAUAUUUUCAAAUAAUAAUGCAACACUUCAUAUCAGAGUUAAGGCAGUUCAUUUUAAGAAAUUUGGAAAGAAGUGGAUUCAUGUCCGUGUGCCUCUGUUAAGGUACAUUUUAUCUACUCUUUUUUUUUUUUUAACCAAUUAUGAUUAUUGACAGAUGGUGGCGCUGUGGUCAUAAAUAUUUCCAAAAACAUCUGCUAAACUGGACCUUCACAUGUCCUAUUGUAAUCAAAUACACCAUUUUGAGCUCGUUUAUUAUAGGUUAUCAUUGUUUAUUGGGGUUAUAUUAAAUCACACAUGUAUGAAGCUUCAAUUGUUGAAGUUAAUUUGUAUAAUUAUUAUUCAUUAGAAAGAUUACAUAUUUUCUAAGCCUGUUUAAUUCCCUUUUGGUAUCUGGAGGUUGCUGGAGCCUAUCACAGCUACUGUUGGGCGAAGGCGGGGUACAACAGCCGUAAAAAUAUAAAUUAAUGAAAUCAACUUUCAAAUGAUACAAGUGUACAACAAUUUUUUCACUUUGUAUGAAAUACAAAUUACUUUCUAAGCC